GUGAUUAUGUCUAACUCACAAUGUUUGCAUUGUGCGAAAGUGGUGACUAAGGGUAUCCAGUGCAUUGCCUGCAAACUCUGGGCAUGUGGCCAAAAGCGUUGCUCGCAACUUACUGAACCGCUCUUCAAGACCUAUGCUGAGCACAAGGGUUUGCUAUGGAUUUGUCGAUAUUGCAUCGAUGCUGCUGCGUUGGCAAGACGUCCGCCACAUCAACAUCCUGAAAGACGUUCUUCUGCUCCUUCUGCUAGGCGUGCCAGGAAGCGGAGCAACACAUCUUCCAGCGACGCUCCAAAGGUCGCGGCCACCCCCGCCCCGUCUACUUCUCAUUCGGACCCAUUGAUACACAUCCGGCCUGUUGAGCCUACGACGAAGUCAUAUGCGGACGUAGUGAAGGAGAAAGCGACUUUGGCCUCGUGUGGCCAAGGUCCAGCCACAUGUGUCACCAAGGCUAAGACUAAGUCUUUGAAUAAACCUGAGCUUCCAUCUUCUCAGUCACAAAUGAAGAUAAUUCUCAACAGAAUCUCUGAGCUGGAAAAAGUGAUAAAGGAAAAUCCAGCAUCUCGUAAGCCACCAAUUCCAGAGCGCAUUCAGCCAUCUCGUGACCGCUGUCUCAUCAUCGUGAACGCGGCGGAAUCGGACAAGGCUACCUCGGCGGAGCGAAUGUUGGAUGAUCAAAUACUGCUCGAGCGGAUGAUUUCUCUACUGUUUGAUGCAGGCGAACAGGGAAUAAACAUUGUCUCUGCCUUCCGCCUCGGUAAGAAGCAGGAAAAUUCCUCCAAGGUUCGACCCCUCAAGAUUGUAUGCGGAAACGAAGAAGAGUGCGCGCGCAUCCUUCGACGGACUCCACGUCUCAAAGGCGAACCUUUCUACGUGUUACGAGACCUCUCUCCCGAGGACCGAAUUAAAAUGAAGAAGGCUGUAGAGGAGCUCCGAACGCGCCGGGCGAGUGGUGAAACCGACCUACAUAUCGUGGAUUUUUGCGUAGUUCGGAAGAGCACAAGAGUGCGCUGGAGGCCGAUUCUUGUCACCCCCAGACAGUAAAGCAUAAAAACGGACUACGCGUGCUAUCUGCCAACGUACGCAGUCUAAGGAAUAAACUGGACGAAAUUCAGUUGCUUACUUCGGAGACUCGUCCAGACCUGAUGGCCUUCACCGAAACCUGGCUAUUCUCAGAUAUCACGGACUCGGAAGUGUCUAUCCCUGGAUAUCACCACUCCCGGUCCGAUCGCCACGGGGUGAGGUCAGGUGGUGGAGUAAUUCUCUACUGGAAGACGGAUCUCAAAGUACAUCUAGUUGAAGCAAUCAGUGACCAGGAUGACAAUUUCGAAGCCCUCUGGUGCCGUGUUCAUGACGGAUGCAGAUCUCUCUUGGUCGGUGUCGUCUACAGAGCGCCAUCGGGUCCCGGAGCGCGCUUGUUGGGCUCGAUAAGAAUGUAUGGUGGGCACAAAGACUGUUUAAUCUUGGGGGAUUUCAAUGCACCGGAUAUCGAUUGGGACCUACUUCUUUGUGAUCGCCGAUCUGACUCCUUCGACGCCACACUGCUUAAAACCGCUCUCGAUUGCAGCCUCGUUCAACAUGUCUUGACGCCUACUCGUAUUUUCCCAGACCAGACCCCGCACAUCCUGGAUCUCGUGCUCUCCCCGGCAGAUUCGGAUGUCACGAACCUAACCGUUCUUCAACCCAUAGGCAAGAGCGAUCAUUGUGUUGUUUCAUUCCACUGGACUCGCCGUCUCACGAUCCAUAGCCACGGUGGUCACCGUCGAAAUUUUUGGCGUGCCGACCCACUCCGUCUGAAAACGGCCGCAAGCGCUACGGAUUGGGGUAUCCCUGAACACAUUCACCUCGAUGACGCAUGGAAUCUUGUACUCUCCAAAAUGACGUCGUUAAUUGAGCAGGUCGUUCCUUCCUCCCAUCGAAAGCCCUUCGCUAGAGGUCCACCUUGGAUGGAUCGAGAGUUGAGGUCAAACAUGAAUAGAAGGCGCAAAUUAUGGGACCGCUAUAGGCAAUCUCAUUCAGAACUCGACUUCUCUCACUACAAGACAGUCAGAAAUGUUUGUGUCGCAAUGAAGCGCCAGAAACGCCAACGAUACGAGCUAUCCUUGGCAAAACACUCCAGCAUCGCGCCUAAAAUGCUCUACUCUUAUUUGAAAAGAAGCACUAGAGCUGGUAAUGGCAUCCCUGCUUUGUGUUCCUGUGAUCAUCAAGCUUUACUUCACGAGGACGCUGAGAAAGCUAGUCACUUGGCUAAGCAAUACGCUUCUGUUUACGCGAAAGAAACGCCAUUUAGUGACAGAGCCGUAUCCACAUUUCCAUCUUCGUUGGCCCAAGUAGAUAUUAACACUGAUUCUGUGAUGAAACUUCUUCUUCAGUUAGAUCCGUAUAGCUCACCCGGCCCUGAUGGAUUGCAUCCUUUGUUCCUCAGGACUGUGGCGGAGUACAUAGCUUCACCCAUAUGUCAAGUCUUUCGUCGCUCACUAGAAGCUGGCCGUCUUCCUUCAGCUUGGAAAGUGGGUAUCGUCAAACCCAUUUACAAAGGAGGAAGUCGACAUGAUCCGGCCAAUUAUCGUCCAAUCUGUUUGACGUCAAUAGUGUGUAAAGUUAUGGAACGGAUCCUAAAACAAGCUGUUACUCUUCAUCUUGGGGGACAGAAUGUCAUUUCUUCUGCCCAGCAUGGGUUCAGAAAAGCACGCUCCUGUACCUCGAACUUGCUCGUUGCUAAGGAGACCUGGGCAAGGUCGCUAGACUCCGGCAAACGCUUGGACGUUGUGUUUGUUGACUUCAGCAAAGCUUUUGACAAAGUCCCGCAUGAACGGCUCCUGUUUAAGCUCCAAGGAAUCGGUAUUUCUGGGAACCUCCUGUCUUGGAUCUCCGACUUCCUAAACGACCGCUCUAUGCAAGUGAAGGUGAAUGACACAUUUUCUGCUCCUGUUCUCAUGACGAGCGGGGUCCCACAGGGCUCUGUCCUCGGUCCCGUACUUUUCAAUAUUUUCAUCAACGACUUACCAUCCACUCUUCAGACGGAUUGCCUAAUCUACGCUGACGACCUAAAGCUAUGGAUGGAAGUAUCCAGCCUUGAAGACGCCGACCGAUUACAAACUACGCUCGAUCUACUCCAUGACUGGUCGAUUAAGUGGCAGUUGCCCGUAAAUCGUGAUAAAUGCUCUGUUCUCCCCGUUGGCUCAUCAAACCCAUUUGGAACUUACCAUAUUGGUGGUUCCUUGCUCAGAAGCGCAACCCAAGAGAGGGAUCUUGGAGUGAUAGUGUCAUCAGACCUCAAAUCUAUUCAAGACACCCAGAAGAGGGUCGCCGCGGCCUACAGGAUGUUCCAUUCUAUACGUAGAGGGUUUUCUCUCCUGACCCCGGGACUUUUCCGACUCCUCUUUGGCUCGCAUGUACGCCCGAUUCUCGAAUACGGACUACCCGCUGCCUACCCUCUCACCAAAUCCGAAUGUGAUAUGAUAGAGAAGGUUCAACGGCGUGGAUCCAAAUCCGUCCCUGAGUUGCGAGACCUGUCGUAUCCACACCGACUUCAACGACUGAACUUGUUCUCUCUAGGUUACCGCCGUCACCGAGGAGAUUUGAUUUUCACUCGACGUAUUCUCAGAGGAGAACUGGGUUGCGAGUUACAGGACUUCUUUCAACUCAACACUGAGAGUUCGACACGAGGCCACCGCAUGAAACUGUUCAAACCGAGGAAUCUCCGUGUGCGGCUCAAUUUGGCCUUAUCAACUCGCGUGGUGAAUGAUUGGAACCGGUUGCCGGAUCCUGUUGUUGAUGCUGAGACAGAGGAACGUUUCAAACAACUGUUAGAUUCUCACCUGAGCGCGCUGGGAUUCUGCUGCCUCUAAGGCAGCUACAGUGGUCCUCUGCGGAACCUUCUACCGCAAUGACCCACGCCAUCUCCGCAAUGAUCGGGAAGUGAAGGAGCUGAC